ACUCAUGAACAUUGAAGGCACACACCCACACUGGCUCAGGGAUCCUCAAACCAGAGCCAGUGCUCUUUGCUCCAGGUGAGAAAAAUGAAAUAGAACGAAACAAUGAGAAUAGAAAUGAAAAGAGGCCAGCAAUGGGAAAAAAGAGAUGGAAUGAACUCUCACUGAGACCAACUGGGAGCAAAAGCUGGGAUGAUCCAACAGCCCUCUCUCUAUCAAGCUCCAAGAUUACCCCUUUCCAGUCCUGAUCAUUUUGCUGUACAAAGUUCCUUGGGAAAAUGACUGAGGUGACUGCUGUGGCCAAUAAGGAGCAGGUGUUGGUGGAGUUUGAGUUUGAGUACACUGCCAGAGACGGCGGCUUUGUGUCCAUCAAACCCAACGAAAAGUACAUUCUUGUGAACAGGACCAAUGAUCACUGGUGGCAUGUCCGCAAGGAUGAGCAAACCAAACCAUUCUACAUCCCUGCCAAAUAUGUGAAAGAGCUCCCAGUGGAUUUUCCCUCCCCUUUGGACUUCACUAGGCCCAAUGGCCUGAGGACCUCAGAGCCUUUGAUCGACAAAGGUCCCAUGGAUUUGUCCUGUGAGAAGCCCAAUGAAGUCAUGUUCAGGCUCCGUUCACUAUCGAGCAGUGGCAAGAGAGCUGAAGAAAGAAUGUCAACGUUUGGUACCCCUCAAGACCUUCAGGACUUAAAGCAUUAUGGACCUGUGGAUUCUGUCAAUGCACAGCAAACACACCCCAGUGACGGCCCUGUACCCUUAUCUUUCUCAAAAAACAUCCUACAACACACAAAAAGGUAUAACAUAGCCCCUGGCGCCUUCAGCCCUGCUGAUUCAGGAACACAAUCAACUCAUUCAAGGUUACUGGAGCCGCCGGUUAUCAAGGAGGCGAAACUCAGACAGUCAAUGGAACUACCAGAACCGCCAGUAACUUUAAAACUCAGGCAGGAGGCUGACUCUACUCAGGACACUGAGAACAUUUAUGAGACUAUCCGAGACACGCAGAAUGCUCAAGCCUCCUCAGAGAUGGACAGGGUGCCCACCCCUGUUCCCCCCUCUGUUCCUCUCCCUUCCAUGGCUGAAGCUCCACCUGUUGCUCCUACUCCAGUCCAACCCCCUCCUCCUGCUAUCCAGGUUGAGUGUGAGAGCUCCGCCACCGCGGUCUAUGUAAACGUAGCUGAGCUGCGGAGGAGCAUCGGCCAGUCUCCCUCCCCGCGGACGUCCUGCCGCCUACCCUCAGAUGAGGGAUGGGAGGUUCACACUGACCAAGAGAGCGGGCAGGAGUUUUACUAUCACCCUGACACAGGACAGACAACCUGGGACAACCCUUUCGAAGCCCUUCUGGACUGCGAGGUGCCCCAGGAGACGCCACCUUCUCCCUUACCCGUGCGGCCCCCUGCCCCGUCACCGCCAACGAGUGCUGUCGGGAGCUCCGACUGGGAGCAGUUAUUGGAUGAAACCAGUGGGCUGCACUACUUCUACAACUCAGUGUCAGGGGAGACGUCCUGGGACGCUCCAGAGCAGCUCUACUCCCCCCCUGCUUGCAUGGAGUCGAUGGGCCUGCAGACCCCCCCGGGCGAUGGUCCGCCCCCCCUCCCUGAGGAGGACUACCCCUCUGACAGCCAAGAGGAGCCUGGGACUUUGCCAACCUUCCAAAAAGACUACUCGUUCUCCCAUCUGAAACGGACAGCGAUCCCUCGGGCCAGCUUAGACACCAGCGCUCCGGCAGGAUGGACGCGUUCGGUUGAUCUGGAUGGCCAGUGGGUGUACACAUGCGAGAGCACACAGGAGCAGUGGAUCAAAUCUCUGGAUGAAAGGGGACAGGCUUACUAUUAUUUGAGAGAUGGAUCCAGAUCCCAGUGGACCUUACCUGAGAUUUCUGUAACUUCAAGCCAGCCAAGGGUAGGGAAUGGAGUUGAACCAGAUGGAGCAUCAGUUAUCAAGAAUUGGAGGCAUACCAUGGGCCCAACGCAGAUAACCGCGUGCCAAGACGAAGCACAGAGGUUUCUCCCAACUCACAGGAGGAACUUCUCGGACUAUGGCAGUGAUGCAUCCAGCUCUCCCGAGCUGCAACACCAAGCAGAUCGGUUCAAACGCCAAAGGAACCCCUCCAAUCAGAGCUCAGAGUCUCAGCACCACAAUACUCAGACUUUAGAAAAAGCCGGAAUUCUAAACAAAACGAAGAUCUGUGAGAAUGGGAAAAGAGUCAGGAAAAAUUGGGCCCAGUCGUGGACAGUGCUCCAUGGUGGAGUUCUGAUAUUUCACAAAGAUCCAAAGUCUGCACCAGCAGGAAACUCGAACAAGACUAAUCAGAUUGUCCCAGAAUUCACACUUGAGCUACGGGGGGCAGUCAUUGGCUGGGCCUCCAAAGAUAAAUCCAGCAAGAAGAAUGUUCUAGAGUUGAAAACACGAAGUGGAGCUGAAUUCCUGAUACAAUAUGACACUGAAAGCAUCAUCACCGACUGGCACAAAGUGAUUGUGGAUACCAUACGACAGCUGGAGCUGGAACACCACUCUGAGGAGGAGGAUGGAGAGGGCAGUGAAAAGUCACUGGGCACUGAGGACAAAAAGAGGAUCUCCGUCAAGCAGAGUGCAUCAGGCUCCAGCGCAGACUUGGAACAGAAGAAGGUACGCACCAAGUUUCUCCAGAAGUUCCUUCAGAAGCGGCCCACUCUGCAGUCCCUCAAGGAGAAGGGCUACAUCCGAGACAAUGUGUUCGGUUGUCACUUGACCACACUGUGCGCCCAGGAGAAGACUAACGUCCCCGGCUUUGUAGAGAAGUGCAUCAGAGCCGUGGAGAGAAGAGGUGUGGAUAUUGAUGGGAUCUACAGAGUUAGUGGGAACCUUGCAGUCAUUCAGAAACUGCGCUUCAAGGCAGACCAAGAUGAACUGGACCUAGAGGACGGACAGUGGGAGGACAUUCACGUCAUCACCGGAGCUCUCAAGCUCUUCUUCAGAGAGCUUCCUGAGCCGCUCUUCCCCUUCAGUCACUUCAACAGCUUCCUUGCAGCCAUCAAAAUCCCUGAUGUCACAAUUAAGGUGAACCAAAUGCGUAAGCUGGUGAAGGCGAUCCCUCAACCCAACCAUGACACCAUGGAACUCCUCUUUAGACAUUUGCGCAAGGUGAUUGCGUGCGGUGAGAGCAAUCGCAUGUCGGUGCAGAAUGUGGCCAUUGUCUUUGGCCCCACAUUGCUGAGGCCCGAGAUGGAGACCGGCAACAUUACCAUGCACAUGGUCUUCCAAAACCAGAUCGUCGAGUUCAUCCUAAACGAGUAUGAGAAGAUAUUCCAUGGCAGCUGAACCAGUAGCCUUUCACCAGGGCUACACUGACUGUCUGAACAAAUCAAACACCAUGCACUGUAGCUGGUUUCAAAGCAAAGGAAAAGUGAUGCUUGGGCUCUCCCAUACAAAAUAUUCACCUUUUAUUUAAUUUUUAGACUAAAUUUCCUACCAUUGUGAGCAGUACAGUCAAUUGCUGCAGCCCCUACCUCACUAUCUCUCUUUUUUGGGGGAAGGAAUGAGCUUCACAAAUUUCAAAAGUACAAGCAAACAAUGUUGUGUUAAUGAAAACAACCUCUUUUUUCCAUUUGUAACUCUCUGAGAUACCUUUCACACCACAGAGGGGGGAUUCUUGCUGAAUUAAAAGAACAUUCAGUAGUCGGUCACCAUAGUGCACAAUUAUCAUUUGCUGUCUCCACUCAGUACAUAUCAACUAACCCUUAACUCUGUUCCAAACUUGCUUGGGCUGUGCAAUUCUGAAUAGGAUGUCCAUAUUGUGUUAGUUUGGGAGACUUAUGUGGCUAUAUAUGUAGCAAACCAUUAGUCAUAAAUAAUAAAUGACAUUAGAAUUGCCAUUUUAGGGCCACCUUGCUAAAGGCAGAUGAUAUGAGACUGGUGAGUCUCACUGAUGCUUAACCUUAUUAUUCAACUUUUCUUGAGGUUUUCUUUUCUUAAUGUGUUUUGGGUUAUGUGAUCUUUACAUAACAAGACAUUACAAUUUAAAGAAAAAAUGAAUGAUUUCUGAAUUGAAGGCUUCUGUAUAGUUUUUGUACAGUGUGUAUAAUGUUGAUAUACUGUAAUGAUACUUUGUUUCACUUCUGCAAACUUACCAGAGAAAGGGAUGUACAAAUGAAAUAAUACCAACAUAGCCAUAUGAAAGAGAAUUGCCUAUAGAGUUUUAAAAAGUAAGAAUUACAGUAACAAGGCUAUGUGUGUUAUUGGCACGGUUUUAGACUGUUACACGUCUUGGUUGUAAGAUAUGGUCCAUAUACUAUAUAACAUACUUAGGAAAUAUUAAGGAAAUACAGCUGUACAGUUGUUUUGUAUUACUUUAUUAGCAUUAUUAUUUUUCAUGGAAAAAAGUCAAGACCAAUACUGUAAGCAUGUGUCAAGAAUGGAAUUCAAUGUGUGGGUUUUGCUAUUGCACAAAAGAGCACAAUUUAGUUUGUAAAUUACAAAGAAUGCAUUUUUCCUUUUAAUAAAAUAACUUAAUUUGA